UGGAGAGUGAAGUUCCUCCUGUCCUGCUCAAACAUGGAUAACUGUGACUUAGAGAAACUUUCUUGCACUGGUGGGAAACUGGACCCUCCAUUCAAGCCAGAUAUAACAUCUUAUAAAAUGACAGUUGAGAGCAAAGUAAGUAAGGUGACUGUGGACCUCUUAACAAGUGACUGUGGGGCUUCCUACAAAAUACUGUUUGGGGAUGGCUCUAAAACGAUGACAUUGAACGACGGUGUGAAUGUAGUUGCAAUUGAAGUUGUUGCUGAAGAUGGUACAACGAAGAAAUAUUGCAUCGAGAUCAAUAAGUUGUCAGCAACCUCAGCUAAACUAUGCGAUUUAGCAAUUGGGGGAAAGUUUAAACUCCAUCCACCAUUCUCUGAUAGAGUUUACGACUAUUCAUGUGUUGUCCCCACCGAUCAUGACACUGUUGUUAUACAGCCAAAAUUGCCGGAUAAGAACAUGCAAGUUACCGUGAACGAGGAAAGCAGCUCCAAACCAGUCCCACUGAAUGUCGGGGAGACUGUGGUUGCAAUUAAUGUCUCAUCGGCAGAUGGCUCCAAUUCUCAAGUGUAUUCUCUUACCAUCACUAGAGAGCAGAUUCCAGUGGCUGUCACCUUCUGUAACGUGAGGGACCAGAUCAAGAAUGAGUGUCCAGUUUCUCUGACUGCCUUCUACAGACCCAUUUCAAUAAAUCAAAGUCGCCCAAAGCACAUAUUCUCGGCUCCCUACAUUGACAUGCUGGCCCGGAGGUCAAAGGUCGACCCUCUCAGCGAGUCCCCGCUGAUUGAUGGCUGGAAAGUAGCUGAGCCGGAUCUCGAUACCAAGAUGUCUGCCUUGUCUGUCAAGUGCUUCUUUGCGUAUCGCGGAUGCGAGAGCACACUGACGCUGGCAGAGGUUGUGUCCCACGCAAAGGACUGUCCACACAAGCCCCCCGCAGACCUGGACCCAAAGGAGGUCACGGAAACACAGUGGUAUAAGGCAAACUUUGAAUCUGCAAGCAACCUCGAAAUUGAGACAAAGCAUACUUCAGAGGUGCGAAACUGGGAGAAGAGGCUGCAGAAAGCCGUUGGCAAGGACACAGUGGAUGACCUGUGCACGCACGCCGAGGAACAGCUAAAUAUUUACAAACGGCGUCUUCCGAAACCAGGUGACUUGAUGCAGUAUGCUGAGGGACAGUCACCCUUGGACUGUCUGGAAGAAGCUGCCAUCCAGUACGCUUCAGCCAUCAAACUAAAGCCUCGCGAGUCCAGGCUGCACUAUAUGCUGGGAAGGAUCUUAGAGGAGCAUCAUUACGCUGAGGAAAUGUAUGGCCUUAAAAAGAAGGACACGGGUGACACAGGCCAGGAGCUUGGCACUGCCAAGACGGCGGGGAGGCUGGACGAGAUCUUGGCCGUGUGCAAACUGCACGGCUUCACAGGAACGCCCACCAUGGAGAACCAGCUGAAGGCCCUGGACGCUGAAUACCACCAGCUCAAGGAGCAAGGCCAGGCCACCAAGGCUGAAUACGUCCAGACACUCUACCUCUGGCUCUCCAAGAAGGUUAAGAAGGAUGGGCAGUUCAGCGUUGCCAACGAGGAGAGCUGGCUACACAGGGCCCUGUUGAAGUACCUGGACGCCUGGUCGCUGAGUGAGGACAGCUGGGAGAACAACAUGCACGUGGGCCGGCUGCUCCUGCUGCAAGGCAAGAGCCGAGAAGCCCUGCAGCACCUCCAGACCGCCCUGGCCCUCCGACCCUCCCAGCCUGCCCUCAGGUUCUACACGGGCGUGGCCGUGCUGCAGCAAGAGGGGAACUCGGGAAAGGAGGAGAAGAUGGCUGCUCUGUACUUGCAGCAAGGGCUGGAGUAUGUCAUGGCAUGUGCCUUAAUGGCAGGGGGCCAGCAGGACAGAGAGAAACCAGAUCAUGGGGAUCCUCUCUCUACUGUCAACAUCCAGUUCCUCCGUGGGUGCUUUAGCCUUGCCACCCUGCUGACCAAAAAUGCCCCCCCAGGGAACUCGAUACCUCCAGAGCAAAUCCACCACAUUCUGGUGUGUCUGGCGGCCCAGGGUGUGAGCCAGUGUGUGUGCCGUGGUGAGGUGGCACAGCAGCUGGAGUGGGUGUUGCUGGACAGCCACUUUGCCCUGCUGCAGGCCCUGAUCCAGCAGCCCUCCACUGGGGUGGCAGGGAAGCAGGCCUGGGUGUCCCAGCGCUGCCAGGCCCUCAGCGCACUCAUACGCCUCGCCUCCAUCCCCCCCUGCAGGGAGCUCCUGGACAUGCAGGAGAAGGUCUGCCAGAUCGGGGUGGUGACCGUGCCCCGUAGCAGCCAUGCGCUGUGUUUGCUGGGGACGACCCAGCUGGCCCAGUACGACAGUGAGCCGGGGUCAGAGCAGGGACAGGCCUCCCUGGUCGACGCGCGCCGCAGCUUCCAGGCCAGCAUCGAGCUGGAGGGCUGCUCACAGACCGGAGAUCCCCCCGACAAGCUGACAAAGCAGCCGUGGUGGCAGGAGCGCCAGGCCCAGAAGGCCAAAGCUGCCAAGCAGGCCGCCAGCAAAUCCACAGGAGCCUCGGGGCCAUCUGAAGCAGGGCCCUCUGGGAAGGCGGCCGGGGCCGGGGCUGCUACCGGGCGUGGGAGGGGAACCCCGGGCAGAGGGGGGACCGUGGCGGCUACAGCGACUGCAUCGGCUGCCAAGUCAGGUGCCGCGGCCCGCGGAGCCACCAAAGCUGUGCCCGCUGCCAAAGCGGCACCAGCGCCAGCCGCCAGAGGACGGGCUGGGGCGGCUGCUCAGCCCAAGGCUGCGGGGAAGGCUUCCUCUAAGACACAGCUCGCUGCCAGCAAGUCGAAACAGGACUGCAGUGCCCCGCAGACUAAAUCACAGGCAGCUGAGGCCCCAUCACCAUCAUCCUCAAACAGCAAGCUCGCUGGCCCCUCCAUCAACAACAUGAAGAGCCACGUGCCACGUCUGGGGCUGGCCAGAGCGCUCUCCCGCACCGAGGACACCCACCAACAGGCCUGCAGCCUUUAUCAAGAGGUCAUCGCCAUGGCACCAGAGGUCCACGAUGCCUACAUCGAGUUGGCUGAUCUGCUGGUGAAGACGGAUCCGCUAGCGGCCGUGGAGGUCUACAGCAGGUUCCCUCUCAAGCCGAUCUCGGAGCAGACGUUUGAUGACGCCUACAUCACAGGGGAAAUCGUGCGCAUCCUCAUGAAGCAGGAGCAGUAUGACCACAUCCUGCUGGCUUCUAACCUCAUCGCCUACGGGAAGGUCAUGGGCUUAGGUUGUCUUGAAAAAUAUAUUGAUGUCCUGGAGGGGAAUUUCAAGACAGACCUGUUGAAAAAUAUGUAUGCUGGGAUCCAUGACAAGUCAGUGGACGACAAAGACCUUCAGGAAUUCUUCAAGUUCAAAUGCUGGAUAUAACGCUUGCUGUAUUUACAUCCCUUGCAGAGUGUGAUCAUGUAUUUAUUUUUUACUUGGCCCUAAGAGUAGUCAAAUACGCUGUGGUGAAUUGUAACUGCUUGAUGGAUUUGGUUUAUUGAUGAUUUCAUUGAAAUGUUUUAACAAAUAAAUGUCAAGAGUAAAUUUG